AUGGCUGCACUCAACGCCAGCAUUCCACUUGAGUGCACCAUCUGUCCCAAGAAGCCAGCUUUCUCGGACGUCAGCCAUUUGCUCACCCACAUCCAGAGCAAGGCACACCAGAGUCGGUAUUACACCCUCAAGGUCAAAGCCACCACCGAUGGCCAUAUCAACCAGCUCCUGCAGGAGUACAACCAAUGGGAGAGUGAGAACAGUAUCGACGACCUCAUGGCCGAGCGUAUCGACCAGAAGGAGAAACGCACGGCUGGCCGCAAUAUUCGUCCGCCCCCUCGUCGUGGCUCGGGAGGUCAGUCCAGUGCAAAACGCACAUCAAAGCAUGCUGUCAGGAGAAGAGCUAACGCCGCACGACGCGAAGUCACCACUUCCACUUCGUCUCGUAGCACCCCAGCUGCUCCGACUGCCCGGCGUACGAUGAGACCACUGCGCGACAGCGUGCUUAACCCGCAGCUGGAUGCAAGGAUCAAGUUGGAGCCCAUCUCGCGUCCUGGCACUCCUGGAUCUGCAUUCUCCAUGGAGCAGAUGGGUUACUUCAACACGACCAGAUACAUACCUCAGGCUUGGCCGGAGUCACCAUAUGCAGGCACACCACCAAUGAAGCAAGAGUCGUUCAGCAGCGAGGGCAUUUCGGAUGAUGAGGACGAUAGCUUCGUGCUCGAGCCUGCACCUCAGCCAAGACGUAUGGCGACUGCACGCCGUCGCCGCAAUGACAGCAACGACGGGACUUCUCAAUCGUUCCUUGUUGACGAGGAGUGGGACGAGAUUGUUGAGACGACAUCAGAUGUUGCUAAGCUGAAGGGUUUGGUGUGGCCCGGCAUGGCCAUGUUCGACUCAGCUACGCCAGAGAUGAGACGCAAGCGCAACCAGAAGAAGGACUAUUCCGUCAUCGAGCAGCUCAUGGCUACAAGCGUGGUCGUCGAGCCUGAGGAGAUGGUCUUCGACACCGAGGGUAACUUGAGGAGGCAACGUCUCAUUGACGGUAAUCCGGAGAUUGAUGACGAUGAAAGCCUCCUUUCGGGUGAGGUCGAACCUGAGCCUGAGUUGCCGAAGAAGCGUGUAGCCAGACGUCCGAGGACUGCGCUGGUGGAGAAGAACCGGAAUACUAGCCGCCUUAUGCGCAAUCGCCCUGCCAGUGCUCGUCUUCCUCCAGCACGCCCGGCAAGGCGCCCGUAUUAUGAUGGACCUGGUGCAGAUGAUGACGACCUCACGUACGCAGCAUCACGGCCGAAGAAGCGGACUGGGAUCAGCAUCCACCGUGACAACUCUGGACCGGAGAUCACAUUCGACAAUCCUGCCUCUAUGGCACACCUGAACUCAGGCUUCCGCAAUAAUACGUAUCAACAGCAGAUGAGCAGCGCCCCGCGCACGCAGAGCUUCUACAACCAAGCUCCCACGCAACGAGCUCAUCAACGCCUGCCAUCGUUCACAGCAUACGGUCCUGCAAACACUUUCGGCAGCUCCUUCCGCCCUUCAAGCGGCAGCAUGAGCGGACCCAACUUCGCCAGCUUCGGCGGGCUGAACCAUCAGACCUUGUUCAAUCACAAUUCCUUCCCUACCUCGAGCAAUGCUAUGGCGAUGGCGGCCUUCCAACAGCAAUACGGUGCAGGUGCGCAACAGUCGUUCGCUAAUGGCGGCAUGUUCCAGCCUCGCUCACAGCCCGCCCCUGCUGCUCCCUGGGAUGCGUUCGCGGCUUUCGGCCCGGACUUUGGUCCUGUCCAUGGUGUCGAGACCGGGUUCCAGCCGGGUACUGAGCUCAACCCUUUGUUCUUCAGCAGCAAUCAAGCGACUCCCCAUGAGGACGAAGAGGCUACUGUCUCGCCACCAGAUAGCGAGCGUGAGCGCGAACGCGAGCGCUAG